UUAAAAAUAAUCUUUUUUCGUUGAAAUGUUAAGGGAAGGGCUCGAGGUUAUAGUUACUGUAGAUAGUAGCAAACUCUUCAAUUUUCCUGGCAGCCGAACAGAGGUUCGAAAAGAAAUGCAAAGAAGGAUACUGUCUCAAAUCUCUUGCUCAAACAAACUUAACAACCUCCGAUUCACCAAUACCGUUUUCACUUCGUACAAAGCCCAAAACCGAAAUCUUAGCGGAGAUGCAGACGAUUCUCUGUACUCAGAUGUACCGAAACCACGCAGGAACAAAUCGGAGAGAAAGCCGUAUCCUACACCCAUGAAGGUGUUGAUACAGAGAGCUAAAGCAGAGAGAGAAGCUAGAAAAUCCCAGCCUGUUAAGCUACUUGAACAUCCACCUGCCAACGGAUUACUGGUUCCUGAGCUCGUUUCCGUCGCUCACCAAGUCUAUUCAGCUCAUCAGUCUCUGCUCUAUGUUUUGUCAAAACUCGUUAAAGUUAUUCCCUUUCUACGCUGUAGGUUCUGUACUGAGGUUCACGUUGGUCAUGUGGGUCAUGAAAUACGAACCUGCGCUGGUCCGAAAAGCGGUUUUCGAAGUGCUACACAUGUUUGGAGAAAAGGGGGAGUUGGUGAUGUGGUGUUCUUCCCCAAGUGCUUCCAUCUCUAUGAUCGUGUUGGGAAGUCAAGAGUUGUUCAUGAUGAGAGGCUUAGUGUCCCUAGGCUUCCAGCCAUUGUAGAGCUCUGUAUACAGGCCGGUGUAGACCUUGAAAAGUACCCUACAAAGAGAAGAACAAAACCUGUGUAUUCUAUUGAAGGAAGAAUUGUAGAUUUUGAGUCUGUGAUAGAAAAUGAUGAAGUAGAAAGAAAUUUAGAUUUAAAAGAUGAUCAUCAGACAAAGCUGGGCUUAGGUGCUAAGAUUGAUGGAUGUGAAAGCAAAUUAAAUUUAGAGAAGAAAGGUUAUUGGGUGGAUCAAUCAAAUGAUCAAGAUGGAGAGGUUUUAAGGAAUUUGAGUAUUAUGACAAUGGACUCAUGGUUUGAAAUGGUAUCAGGAGUUAAGAAGAUCAUGGAGAAAUACAGUGUGUGGACCUGUGGAUAUUGUCCUGAGGUUCAGGUUGGUCCCAAGGGACACAAGGUAAGAAUGUGUAGAGCAUCAAAACACCAGUCUCGUGAUGGAUUGCAUGCAUGGCAGGAAGCAACAAUUGAUGAUCUUGUUGGUCCAAAUUAUGUUUGGCAUGUUCGAGAUCUUAAUGGUCCUGCUUUGGAUAACAACUUGAAGAGGUUUUAUGGCAAGGCCCCAGCUGUUGUAGAACUGUGUGUGCAUGGCGGUGCUCCAGUUCCUGAUCAAUAUAGAAGUAUGAUGAGAUUAGAUGUGGUUCCUCCUCAACGAGAUGAAGUUGAUCUUGUUGCUUGAAUGAUUUUCCUUUUAACCUUAUAAAUGAUACAACUAGGCUAUUAGGCUUCUGAUGUUACCCUUUUUGAGGUUGUUGGAGAUGUUGCUUUAUAGGGUUAAGCUGAUUGUUAGUGAGUGGGUGCUGUGUAUAUAGUCAAGCUCUGACAAAUUGGUCUCAGGUCUUCAUAUGUUGGGUUAAGUGUGCUUCUCUUAGUCUGACCUUUGAUUUCCUGUGCUUUGGAAAAAUAUGGCGUCUUAUUUCAUCUCUCCUUGUUCAAAUAGGCAACAUAUAUGAUGAGGAUUCAGACGAUCAUUUCUCUGGUUUCGAAGGCUAAGCUUCAGACUGAUGUUGCCAAUGCAGUAGUUGUGACAAAUGAAUUGGAUUAUACUGCACAGACAAGCAUGAAGAACCAUUGGUUGCCCUAUUUAUGCACGUUGAAGAAGUAGAGAGUCACUGUUGAUUGUAGGUGGUUUGUUAAAACUCCCCAGAUCAUGGAGUUUUGAGAAAACCAUACUUGUUAGAGAUCGAUUCGUAAGAAAUUAUCGAGCAAUCUCUUCUCUGCUGAGUACUUACAGCAAUGGGGUCCUUUUGACUCCUUAAAAUUGAUAUAAACUUUAUACCUGUGGCAUCAGAAAUUGCUAUUCCUGAAAGAAAAAGGAGAAAUUCCUUCUAGGUCUGCAUUUAUUAUGUGAUUAGGGUUAGAUGAAUUGGUAGAAGCACCGUCUAGUUUCUACAUUGUAAUUCAAUGCCAAAGUAAGAAAGUGCACUUUGAGCAUUAAUUUAUAGUGAUAUUGAUUAGUAUAUUAAUUCCAGUGAUGUACAUUUAUUCAACAGAGUUGGCUGUGGCCUCUAAACACCAAUGAAGUUCAUCUUGGAGGGAUGCAUUGUUUACCUGUUAGGUAGCCAUGAAUUCUCAGAAUUGUGGCCAAAGUGACUGGAGGAGAGAGAGAUAGUAAGUCAAAAGCUUUUGGGAUUAUUGUGGCCAAUGUUAUCAAGUGCCAUUGUAAUUACCUACCUACAUGUUUUUGGAGGCUGCUGAUGUUGAACAGAACCUUUGAACUCAUGGAAAUGAAUAUUCAAAAUUACUUGAA